AUGAUUCUUAGAGGGACACGACGUUUAGAUUCAUUGUUCACCAAACAAUGCAAACCUGUUACCAUCGAUAUUCUCAACAAAUUAAUUGGUGCAUUACGACGCGGUAUAUUUAAUCCUUAUCUCGAUACAUUAAUGCAAGUAGGACUUACUACUGAGUUUUGGGAUUUCUUCAGAUCUGAUGAAUUAUUUCCUGAUAAAUUUUCUUUACGUUUACAUGUCACGAAUGCUGAUGUUAAAUAUGAUAUAAACUGUAUUAUUAUUCAUUUAAAAUCAUCAAAGACUGAUAUAGAACGCAAAGAAGCGAAUAUUCGUUUGUUUAGAAACGAAUCUAUUAAUUGUGCAGUUCACGCUUUACACUGUUGUACUAUUCUUUGCAAUAGCAAUUAUCAUGAUUCUCCUUUCUUUCUUUUACCCAACGGUCAAGCAUUUACUCGUCAUGCUUUUAUCUUCAAUUUAAGACAUGUAUUGCUUCAAUUAGGCUAUGCAGCUUCUGCUUAUAGUGGACAUAGUCUACGAGCAGGAGCAGCUACAUCUGCAGCGGCGGCUGGUGUUCCUGAUCAUUUAAUACAAACGCUAGGUCGUUGGAAUUCUUUGUCUUACUUACGUUACAUUCGUGUUAGUGACACUAUUAUUCUUAAAGAUCAUAAUAAAAUAUUGCAGAUUUCUUCUUAG